AUGGCUCCUGAUAUCGCAUCCAUCCCCACUGGGGAUAAUCCAGACAUUAAUGGCCCUGAAAGUCCGUACCAAAUAGAUCAAGAGGCCGUGCUCGGCAGCCAGCAGCGGAAAGUCAAAGUUCUCACCAUCGGAGCUGGGGCGAGCGGAAUCAUGAUGGCCUAUAAGAUCCAGAAGGAAUGCAAAAAUGUAGAGCAUGUCAUAUAUGAAAAGAAUGAAGAUAUUGGUGGCACAUGGCUGGAAAACCGGUAUCCGAACUGUGCUUGUGAUAUCCCCAGCCAUGCUUAUAUCUACUGCUUUGCACCGAAUCCCGAAUGGCCGAAUUUCUAUUCCUACUCUCCAGACAUCUGGAAUUACCUGGAUAGAGUCUGCAACACUUUUGAUUUACGGAAGUAUAUGACUUUCAACACUAAAGUCAUCGGUGCUUACUGGGAGGAAGAUAAGGGAGAGUGGAGGGUUGCUCUCACGCAAACUAUGCCCGAUGGCACGCAAAGGGAGUUUGAGGAGAGAUGCGAUGUUCUUUUGAAUGGAACAGGCAUACUUAAUAAUUACAAGUGGCCUGAUCUAGAGGGAAUGGACAAGUUCAAAGGCAGGAUAAUACAUACUGCAGUUUGGCCCAAAGACUACCAGGCCGAGCAAUGGAAGAACGAUAGAGUCGCUGUAAUUGGCAGCGGAGCUUCUAGCAUUCAGACUGUGCCUGGGAUGCAACCGCACGUCAAGCACAUGGAUGUCUUUGUUAGAACGGGUGUUUGGUUUACAAGUAUUGCGGGUAAUGAAGGUCUAAACAAGGAUUACUCGGAAGAAGAGAAAGCGAAGUUCAGAAAUAAUACAGAGGAACUUGUCAAGGCAUCGAAGUUUAUCGAAAACCAAAUCAACGGUGACUGGGGAGUGUUUUAUAAAGACAGUGAGGCGCAGAAACUCGGUCAAGAGUAUCUAAAGCGGCGCAUGGGAGAAUGGAUCAAGGACGAGCGACUUCUAAAAGGGUUCACUCCCACAUUCGGUGUUGGCUGCCGACGAGUAACUCCGGGUGACCCUUACAUGGUUGCUAUCCAAAAACCAAAUGUGGAUGUUCAUUUCACUGCUGUGGCUAGGUUCACCGAAAAUGGAGUUAUGGGUGAAGACGGCAUCGAAAGAGAAGCAGAUACAGUUGUCUGUGCAACUGGGUUUGACACAUCUUACCGCCCAAGGUUCCCUAUUAUCGGCGAAGGAGGUCUUGAUCUACGCGACAAAUGGAAGAUCUGCCCAGAAUCAUAUCUUGGAUUGGGUGUCCCUGGAUAUCCUAAUUACAUGGUCUUCGUUGGCCCAACAUGGCCAGUGGAAAACGGGUCCGUCAUGGGACCACUUGUCGAGGUUGGCAACUACGCCAUCAAACUGAUCAAAAAGAUCCAGAACGAGCAUAUCCACUCCAUCACACCCCGGAAAGAUGUAACGGAUGCCUUCAAUGAGCACGCGCAGGAAUGGAUCAAGCACACCGUUUGGGUAGACGACUGUCGCAGUUGGUACAAGAACAACGAAACCGGGCGCGUCAAUGCGGUGUGGCCAGGUAGUUCACUACAUUACAUUGAACUGAUCAAGGAGCCGCGAUUCGAAGACUAUUCCAUCACAUACCAGAAUAAGAAGAACAUGUGGAGCUUCCUGGGUUUGGGCAAGGUACCAGCGAAUGUUAUCCCAAACUCUGAUCAUAGUCCUUAUCUAUCAGUGGAGGCGAUUGACCCGGUAUGGUUGGAUGAAAUCCAGGGGAGAAGGCAUGGAGGUAAGCAAAUUGAAACCAGAAAUUGA